GAAGUCAGAAAGUGUCGCCAGAGUGUGAUAAGACUCUUCAACCGGAACGUGACGUUCGACACGCUUCGGGAUAAAACUGAUGUGGCUAAGACUAUAUUUAUGCACGGACACAGCGCCGGAAAGAAGCACUAAUCCUUUGCUGAGGGAUUUUUAGAUUUCAGCAGAUCGGUUCAUGUGGCUUACAGAAGUCCAGUCAUUCCAGGAUAACCAGCGCUGAACGUUUACUGCGAUGCGUCGAUACUCUGUAACCCGAAAGGUGUAGUAUUUUAAAAUAUGCUGGAACACAGCUACAUAACUAGAUAUACUUGACACUUCAACCGGCAGACCCACUGCAGGUUGCGGCUGAUCACAUUUAGGGGAGCUGUGUUAACAGAGGCUGCAGUGAUUGAAGUUAUGUGACGUCUAGGGACUAGACUACCAUGUUAUAAAACGUCACUAAUUUUUGGACGCUCUGGAAACAAUCUCCACGCCAUGCGUUGUUUCUUCGUCCGUGCCGGCUUUUCCCGGGAUACGAUGUUUCCUCCAUCUGAAGUAUCAACAGUACACACACGGUGAACUAUGCGGACGGACGUGGAGUACAGUCCCGUCGGCGAGGGACUGGGGAUGAACGAGUUCUGGCUCUAUGUGUGGAUGCGGAGAGUGGCGGUGAUCGCUGCGCAUGUCGUCGCCCUGGGAUUCACUAUAUUAAUGUCUCUACUAUCCCGACCGGGAACAAGUCUCUUUUCCUGGCAUCCAGUGUGCAUGUCUGUUGCAUUCUGUCUGUGCAUGACAGAGGGGAUCCUGCUCUUCUCCACGGAGGGCUCGCCGUUCUGCUUCAAGUCCCGCAAGGGGAAGGUGCGCCUGCACUGGUUUCUGCAGGCUCUGGUGGUGCUGGGCGGGGCCACGGGCCUGGGCUUCAUGGUCGCCAGCAAGCGGGUGUCAGAGCGCCCCCACCUGGCCACCUGGCAUAGCCUGCUGGGCGUGGGCACGCUGGUGGCCACCGCGCUCCAGGCGGCCUGCGGCCUCUGCCUGCUCUUCCCCAAGCUGCAGGGCGUGACCUCGCACGCCCGCCUCCGGCUCUACCACGCCACCUGCGGCCUGGUGGCCUACCUCCUGGCCACGGUCACCGUGGUGCUGGCCAUGUUCACCGACUGGUUCCAGGCCACCGUCAAGGGCCUGCUGUGGUACGCCUUCCUGCUGCUGCCCCUCUUCCCCGCCCUGGUGGUGAUGAACCAGAUCACCAAUGCCUACCUUCCCAAGAAGAAGAUCACCACCUGAGUGACCACCACCUGAGCGAGAGUUCUUUUCAGUCCUGUUCCUAUGGGUAAUGUGCACAAUUUCACCAGUGAACAUUAAAGCCAGCCUGGUAUCUACUGUAGUUUGCCUGGAGAUUUCUACUGAAAAUGGAGGGU